GGUUAUUUGCAAUCUAGUUUUCAAAAAAAUCUAAGUUUCCAAAACAGUGAACCUUAUUUUUCUUUAUAUAAAAUAACACCUCUAAACUAGCUAACUGCCGUUAUGGCUGUAAACAGGCUAUUUUCUAAUUUGACUCUGACUUCUACACUUAUUUGCAGACAGAGAAUUCAUGCAAGUGCUAUAAACUUUGCAAGUAAACCUAACAUUAUUAAGCCUAAACCAGGCUUCGGUAAAGCAUAUAGACGUAUCGUCCACUUCCCAGAGGAAUACACCGUAAAACCCUUAGAGGUUACAAAUUUAGCAGGAAGAGAUCCGGUUACUGGUAGAGUAGUUGCAAAAGGUAUUGGUGGAGGCAUCAAACAUAAAUAUCAUUGGAUAUCUUGGAUUAGAGAUGGGCCUAAAGAGGGUCCACCACAAGAGGAAAAAGUGAUUCAGAUUAUGGAAGAUGGUUGUCGGACAGCACACAUUGCUCUUGUUGCUGUUGGGGACCAGCUAAAGUACAUUUUAGCAACAGAGAAUAUGAAGGCAGGAGAUAUAUUGAAAACUUCUCGAGAACUACCAAGGAUACCUGUCAGAGCUAAUGAAGGAGAUGCUUAUUUAUUGGGUGCACUAACUACAGGAACAUUGGUACAUUGCAUUGAGAAAACCCCAGGUUAUGGUGGUCUGUAUAUUCACGCAGCUGGGACAUUUGGAACUAUUCUUAGAAAGCAAGAUGACAGAGUUAUUGUACAGAUGCCAUCUAAAAGAACCUUUAGCUUUGACCAGCAUUGUAUGGCUGUUGUUGGAAGACUUUCUAAUGUAGAUCACGGAGACACUCCGAUUGGUUCUCCACAGCGGAACAGGUGGCUCGGAAAUCGCCCGCGCUCCGGCUUAUGGCACAGAAAAGAUGGCAGGCACGGAAGGAAGAUUAGACCUCCGAAACCAGUCAAAGAAAUUGUCUUUCCCAAUAAAUCUAAAGUAUCAGUUAUACAGAUGACAAUGGUCCCUUAGGAUAAAUAAUGGC